GAGAGAUACAAACCAGCACAUCAGACUCUCUUUUGCAUAUUCUUCAUCUUCCACUUCUCUAACUACCACCCCAUUUCUUAAUCUCUCUUACCAAAAAGCAAAAGGCUCACUUUCUGAAGAGAGUUUGAUUAGUUCAAAGUGAGUCUCUGCUAGUUUGUUUAAGAGAAGGAACUGAUUAAGAAGAUGGCUCUGGCUAAAGAGAUCAUGGGUUGUUCUAUGAUGGAGUACAAGUCUUCUUUGUCAUCUCCAUUUUUGAACCAAAGCAAGUUUUUGAUCAGACCCAGUUUGGUGAAUCCUUCUAGGAUGAGGAGGGAUAAUCUGGUGCAUUUGAGGAAGGCUAAGAAGGGGGCUGUGGCUGCUAUCAGUGAAGAUUUGGUCAAAAUUGUGCCUGUUUUCUCUGCAGCAGAGAAGCCUGUGAAGUUCAAGGUGAGAGCUGUGGUAACAGUUAGGAACAAGAUCAAGGAGGAUUUCAAAGAGGCCGUUGCCAAACAGGUAGAUGCUUUAACUGACAAAAUUGGCAGAAAUGUUGCUUUGGAGCUUGUAAGCACUGAGAUUGACCCAAGAACAAAAGCAGCCAAGAAAAGCAGUGAAGGCGUUUUGAAGGAUUGGUCAAAGAAAUCAAAUCUGAAAGCAGAGAGGGUGAAUUACACAGCUGAGUUUGAGGUGGACUCCAAUUUUGGAGUACCAGGAGCAAUCACAGUUACUAAUAAGCAUCAAACAGAGUUCUUUUUGGAGACAAUAACCAUCGAAGGUUUCGCCUGCGGUCCAUUGCAUUUCCCUUGUAAUUCUUGGAUGCAAGCCAAGAAAGAUCACCCAGAAAAGAGAAUUGUCUUCUGCAACAAGCCAUAUUUACCAAACCAGACUCCAGAGGGGCUUAAGGAAUUGAGACAGAAAGAGCUGAAGAAUCUUAGGGGUGAUGGAAAUGGAGUCAGAAAAUUAUCUGAUAGGAUCUAUGACUAUGCUUUGUAUAAUGACCUGGGGAACCCUGAUAAGGGAAUUGACCUUACUAGACCUACUCUUGGUGGUAACAAAAUUCCAUAUCCUAGAAGAUGCCGCACCGGCCGUCUUCCAACUGAUACUGAUAUGCUAACCGAGAGCAGGGUUGAGAAGCCACUACCAAUGUAUGUACCCAGAGAUGAACAGUUUGAGGAGUCAAAAAUGGACACAUUUUCUUUUGGGAGGCUGAAGGGAGUGCUCCACAAUUUGAUCCCUUCCUUAAUGUCAAGCUUCAAAUCUGACAAAGACUUCCGUAGCUUUGCCGACAUUGACAGCCUCUACAGCGAAGGCAUCCUUCUCAAACUGGGGUUACAAGAAGAAAUCCUAAAGAAACUCCCAUUGCCAAAAAUGGUCAGCAAAUUCCAAGACUACAACCAAGGAAUUCUCAAAUACGACAUCCCUCAAAUUCUUAGCAAGGACAAGUUCAGUUGGCUGCGAGAUGACGAAUUUGCCCGCCAAGCAGUGGCAGGAGUUAACCCAUUGAGUAUUGAGAGACUUGAAUCUUUCCCACCAGUGAGCAAACUUGAUCCUGACGUUUAUGGUCCAGUAGAAUCUGCACUCAAAGAAGAACACAUUUUACCUCAUCUCUAUGGCAUGACUGUUCAACAGGCACUGGAUGAGAACAAGCUGUACAUAGUGGACUACCAUGAUGUUUACCUUCCAUUUCUUGAUCGCAUUAAUGCCUUAGAUGGGCGCAAGUCCUAUGCGACUCGCACCAUUUUUUUCUCGACACCCAAUGGAUCUCUCAAGCCAGUCGCCAUUGAGCUUAGCCUCCCACAUGCUGGACCAAGUUCAAGGGCUAAGCGUGUUUUGACUCCUCCGGUUGAUGCCACGACCACUUGGUUGUGGCGACUUGCCAAGGCUCACGUCUGUUCCAACGACGCCGGUGUCCACCAACUUGUGCAUCAUUGGUUACGUACCCAUGCUACCCUGGAGCCAUUCAUAUUGGCAGCACACAGACAGUUGAGUGCAAUGCACCCAAUUUACAAGCUUUUGGAUCCUCAUAUGAGAUAUACCCUUGUAAUCAAUGCAUUGGCCCGACAAGGCUUAAUCAACGCGGAUGGAGUCAUUGAGUCGUGCUUCACUCCCGGCCGCUACGCCAUGGAAAUCAGUGCUGCUGCCUAUAAAGAUUGGCGCUUUGACACCCAAAGCCUUCCAGCAGAUCUCAUCCGCCGGGGAAUGGCAGUGCCUGACCCAACACAACCCCAUGGUGUGAAACUUGUGCUUGAAGAUUACCCAUAUGGCAGUGAUGGACUACUAAUCUGGGGAGCAAUUGAAAACUUUGUCCGAACCUAUGUUGAACAUUAUUACCCAGAUUCGAGCCUAAUCCGAAGUGACAGGGAGUUACAAGAUUGGUACUCAGAGUCCAUCAAUGUAGGCCAUGCUGAUCUUCGCAACGAAACAUGGUGGCCUUCACUCUCAACACCAGAUGACCUUGUUUCAAUCCUCAGCACCCUAAUUUGGCUAGCCUCAGCUCAACAUGCUGCACUUAAUUUUGCACAAUACCCCUAUGGUGGGUAUGUCCCGAAUCGCCCACCAUUGAUGAGAAGAUUAAUCCCUGAAGAGACUGACCCGGAAUAUGCUAACUUCUUAGCAGACCCACAAAAGUACUUUCUAUCAUCAUUGCCUAGUGUUCUUCAGGCCACGAAAUACAUGGCUGUUGUGGACACAUUGUCAACACAUUCACCAGAUGAAGAGUACCUUGGGGAGAGACAACAGCCCUCGACUUGGUCCGGCGAUGCUGAUGUGGUUGAGGCGUUCUACAAGUUCUCGGCUGAGAUUAGAGACAUAGAGAAAGAGAUUGAUAGAAGGAAUAGCGAUCCAACCCUUAAGCAUAGGUGUGGAGCUGGAGUUUUGCCUUAUGAGUUACUAGCACCGAGUUCGGAACCUGGGAUUACAUGUCGUGGUGUGCCUAAUAGUGUGUCAAUUUGAGCCAAAACAAUGGGGUUUCAUAUUGAUGAUUUACUUUAUUAUUUGAGAAUGGCAUUGAGACCGGCCAUUUCACUAUAUUUUGUAAUUAGAUUAUGAAGUGUUCUACGUGGGUAUCUAGUGGAUGUAUAUGUUUACUAGCCAAUCGUAAUUAAUAUUUUAGAAAUGGGAAAA